GUUUCACAAGAAUAUAUUUUGGUAUUUUUGUAAUUUGUCGUUCAAUUUGUAAUUGAAAUUUUAAAGACUGCUUUUAUGUACUAUUUUCAAGUGAAGAAAUAAAUGGUAGCUUAAAUUCCACUAGAAUGGCUUUAGACAUUUUGUCUAAUUCUAGACGAAAAUUAAAUGAUAUUUUAGGUGAUAAAUCCACAAAAUACUACAGUCACAUGAAACAAUGGUUUCGAAUGAAACUUACCAAAGAAGAAUUUGAUGCAGAAGCUCGUUUAUUAUUGAGUCAAGAACAAAUUCACUACCACAAUGAUUUUUUGCUCGCAUUACUCAACAAAGUGGAAGGUCUAGCCGAAACUUCGAUCACUAUCGCUCAGGAGAAAGCUAGCUCUCAUAAUAGAAACACAAGAAGGCAUAAGCGUUCUUCUAGGACUUCUGAAAAAUCCAACUUUGAAUCUGCAGACUUGUUAGAUUAUCUUCCUCCAAGUACACCUCCUGGCGCAGGAAGCGACGGUGUGAAGUAUGCAGCACAGGAAAUAUUUCUGCCAGACCAUGCAUUGGUUGUUGGGAGAUUCAUGCUUGCAGCAUGGGAACUAGGUCUCGAAGGUGCUGAUGACGAGGCAUCAGAUUUAAUUGUUGUUGCUGUUCAAAAUUUUCUUAAAAAUAUAAUCAGUGCUGUUGUAUCACAGCGCAAAGGGUACAAGCUUCGUAAUAGGCACUUUAUGUAUGAUAUAGGUGGAGAUAUGCCUAAUAUGUGGUUAAGAAGUGUAAAUAAGUUAUAUGACCCGCAAAGUGAUGGACGAGUUAAUGUAGAUGAUGGUCCUGAUGCCCUGGGGCCUAGAUGUCCACCAACAAUUGAUGAAGUAGAACAUUCAGCUGCAUAUGAGAUUGCAUGCAGUGUAUCCGAUGCUGAAACAAAAGACGAGAAACUUUCUAUUGAUGAGUUUUACAACACCUUACUGGUACAAAAGAAUGUGAUAGCAUGUCAUUCUGUCUAUGCUGUAAAUAUGGAGCGAUUGGCCAUAAUGCUUAACCAUCCUAGUUAUUAAGUUAAAAUAAUGUUUUAAAUAUACAAAAAUUUAAUAACCAACAAUAUUUUAAUGUA